AUUAGAUAAGAAUAUAAAAUGUACAUGGUGAAAAAUGAUAAGAAUUUGUACGCUUAUAAAAGUCGCCUGUUCCUUGAUAUUGUCAGUUAAAAGAAUCGAGCUCGAGAAGCAAAUACAAAAAAAAAAAAAAGACAAGGUUCUUCACGAUGAAAGGAACAUGGUAUGUGGUAAUUACGGUCAUCGCGGCUACAUUGGCCAUUGUUAUGACCGAAGAUACGGUGAUAACACCAAUACCAACGGAAUGUCCCGCAGUAGAUCCUCUCAACUACACUGUCCAUUUGGCGCACGAGUCGGAUUGCACUAAAUUCUACAAAUGUGAUCAUGGCAAGAAGAUCGAGAUGUCUUGUCCAUUGAUGAACAAUAACGGAGAGAAACUGCACUUCAAUCCUAAACUACAAGUUUGUGACUUUCCAGAAAAAGCUGGUUGUACAUCUUCUACUAAGGAUCCUUCUAAACCUACCCCAACUGUACCUACUCCAUCUAAACCUACCCCAACUGUACCUACUCCAUCUAAACCUACCCCAACUGUACCUACUCCAUCUAAACCUACCCCAACUGUACCUACUCCAUCUAAACCUUCCUCGUCUCAACCUACUCCAUCUGAACCUACUUCAACUAAACCUUCCUCAUCUAAACCUAACCCAUCUCAACCGAGUUGUUCUCCAGAUGGUGUCGGUCAAUCUCAUGAAUGCUCUUGCGAAAAAUAUUAUCUCUGCAAAAACAGCGAACUCGUUCUUCAAAAAUGUCCCGAUGGUCUUCACUGGAACUCCAAAGCAGGCAAGUGCGAUAAAGCUAUCGAGUCGAAUUGUAUCAAAGAGAAAACUUUGAAAUGGUAUUAUUAAUUCGUUUGAACAACGAUGAACUUAUAAAGCAUAAUAUUAGCCAAAAAUGUAAAUAACAAUAUCAUUAUAAAUAAACAUAGCGUCGACGAUAUCGAUAAGAAGUUUAGUAUAAGGAGUAUCGGCUAAUUCAGAUAACAGAAUUAAUAAAAUAAGUCGUGAUAUAAAUAGAAAUUCGGUUCGAUGAUCAUAAUAAUUCGAUGUCAAUUUUAUCGUCAAAUCAAAUGCGCGCUUUUUAUUACAAUGGAAACAUUAUUUCUUAUCGAUGAUACAAGUCGAUAAAAUAGUUAUCUCUCACUAUUGUCAUUCGACGACAUCUACCAUUAUUUAAGCGCAACUAAAGUAUCACACGAUAAUAAGUAUCACACUCUCUGCUGUUUUUGUGGAGAAAUAUAUCAAUGAAAGAUUUAUAA